GCAUACCUAAAGUGUACGGUGAGCAUGAACGCGCGAGAUCCGAAAUGUAUCCAAUAUAAGAUACCUUCGGUCCGAUGCAUGUUAUCACAAGAUGGAUGCCCUGAUCGAUAGCACAAAUGAACAUUCAUAUUAGAUGCGACCUUGCAUGCAGUCGUGGAGCAACUGGAGCUGCAGGACCUGCGAAUCAGCAGCCCGCUUCCAGACCCCCGGGUUUGCCAUCCAACCCGAACAUACCGUCACUGCACAUGGACCUGGAGUUCGACGUCUCCUGCUAUUUAACGACCUGAGAUCGUGAGAAUUCUGUGGGGGAUGCCAAGUCAUCAGAGAAACCGAUGGCAUUACCACCCCAAAGUGUCAAAAGCAUGUGGUGAUGGGGCAUUUUGCACAAGUGGUCAGGUGUUGUAGCUGGGGAAACCUGCUCCAACAGCCUUGGUUCAACCAAGAAUCGACCCAAAGUCCCAUCGAAGAGCGAGGAUUUUAAAGUCGACGCUACGCAACCUAACCAUGAAAGCGGCAGAACUGCUUGCUGCCCCGCAAUCGGCCACUCCCACAUGACGGAUAGUGCUUCUUCGCAACCAUGAUGGCCCCCUGAUAUGUAUAAUAGUCUCGUCUCGCUGCCGGCCGAGAAGGGCAUGCUCCCUAUUACUGCCUUUCAAUCUCUGUGCCAAUACAACCCCUUCCUCUCUUCCAUCCAAAGUGUGCCGCUCAAAUUUUACAACCUACCUCAAAUCUAUUGCCUGGAAAACCGGUUUCUGUGUCGCAUACCCCAGUUUGUGCUCCCAAAAUUUGCGCUGGCUGAGCGCAGUCGCAUCAUAACAUCCAGGAUAAAUCUUAGCAAGGUAAUAGGCGAUUUGGGGAUGGCUGGAGCAACUGUCAUGCCAAUUCGAAGUCAGCUAGGCCGUGAUAUCGACAGCUCUCAAGUCAGCCAAGCAACCCCGGCCCGGGGUCCAUUCAUAGCGGAUCAUAGUAAGCCUCAACGUCGGUUCGUUGGCGCAAUCGAUCAGGGAACAACCAGCACUCGUUUUAUCAUAUUUGAUGAUCAAGGGAACCUCGUCGCUUCGUAUCAGACAGAGCUAAGCCGCCUACAUAAAUACCCAGGAUGGCAUGAGCAGGACCCAAAAGAGAUUAUUUCAUCCGUCGAAUCCUGCAUCGCACAGGCAACGAAGACUUUUGUCAACCUGGGGCACUCCAUCUCAGAUAUUCAAGCUUUGGGGAUUACCAACCAGCGCGAAACAACCGUGGUAUGGGACUGGGAAACCGGAGAACCCCUCCAUAGCGCAAUCGCAUGGCCGGAUACCCGCACAGCCUCGCUGGUGCGGGAAUUAAAGUCAAAAGAAGGUGCAGAUCAGCUUCAGGAAAAAUGCGGGUUACCUCUAUCCACGUAUCCGUCUUCUGUGAAACUCACUUGGCUCCUUCGGAAUUGCAAAGAGGUCAAGGAGGCGUAUGAAGCGGGAAGACUGGCCUUUGGAACUGUUGACACAUGGCUGCUCUAUAACCUCAAUGGUGGCAGGAAAAGGGGAGUAUUCGUCACCGAUGUCACGAAUGCCUCGAGAACAAUGUUCACCAACCUGCACACACUUCAGUAUGAUGAUUCGUUGCUGAAAUUCUUCGAUAUCGACAGAUCAAAACUGAAGCUUCCGAAAAUCCUUGCUUCUUCGGACGAGUCCGCUUUUGGAUGCAUGGCAGACGGCCUGCUUGCAGGAAUUAGAAUAACAAGCUGUCUUGGUGACCAAUCGGCUUCAUUGGUGGGACAUGGGGCGUUGACGCCAGGCACCGCAAAAAAUACCUAUGGGACGGGAUGUUUCCUUUUAUAUAAUGUAGGUGAAACGCCGGUGAUCUCGAAGCACGGGCUCCUGGCAACUGUCGCCUUCCAAUUGGGCUCGAAGCAGAAGCCUAUAUAUGCAUUGGAGGGAAGCAUCGCCGUUGCUGGCAGCGGUGUGUCAUUCUUGAUGAAUAACUUGGGCUUCUUUCGUGACUCGAGAAAGGUCGACGAGGAAGCUGCCACCGUUCCUGAUAAUGGUGGCUGCAUUUUCGUCACGGCGUUCAGUGGCCUCUUUGCUCCAUAUUGGGUGGAUGACGCCAAAGGAACUAUCUUUGGGAUCACACAUCACACACAAAGAGGUCAUAUAGCCCGGGCAACUCUUGAAGCAGUCUGUUUCCAGACAAAAGCUAUAUUGGAGGCUAUGGAACGCGACAGCGGCCAGACACUUUCUGACUUGGCGGUAGACGGCGGAUUGAGCAAUUCAGACAUCUGCAUGCAGUCCCAAGCAAAUAUAAUCCGUAUCCCUGUCGAGCGCCCGCCUAUGCACGAAGUCACCGCAUUAGGUGCAGCUAUUGCAGCAGGGCUUGCCGUCGGCGUGUGGCGCAACCUCGACGAGUUAGUAGGGAUGAAUAAGUCCAACAGGACCGUAUUCGAAGCUCAAAUCAGCGAGGCAGAGAGCGCCAGGAUGUACAAACAGUGGUCGAAAGCCGUCCGAAUGUCUCGUGGAUGGCUGGAGAGCGACGAAAUCGACGCCAUUUGAUAUUCCUUGACAAGGGGUAUUUUCACGGUCAGCGACUCUUCAUUCCUGUCAUUGGAUGUAGCAGGUCUUUUGGAUACCAUUUCUUUCAUUUCUUCUUCCAUUUUUUUUCUUUUUCUUUUCCUUUUUUUUUUUUAAAGUUCCUUUUUGAUCAUGUCCAUUUUCCGUAUAGAUUUUGAUAACAUCUUCUUUGGCCCGUGGCGCUGGAGCUGUGUGUAAUUUUGCUGCAUGUCUAACUAAUCCUGGCUUCGUUAUUGCUUUCAAUUUUUAAGUCGAGCGAUGGCUGGACGGCCAUCAUGCUACAGCGCGGCAUCGUUCAAUCACUUCUUCCCAUGUUUCUGUAUGAUCGCCUUCUGCUCUUCACAAUGCACUUGUCAAAAUUGUAUUCCA